GAUACUUGCUCCUGGGCGACGACUUUAUCACUCUCCCUUCUCCUUCCGUCGUCGGCUCUAUCUGUCCUCGAUCUUGGAAAGAAGGAAUAGAAAACGAGAUCGAGAGCUUUUCUAUGAUAGGGGGAGAUUUUGUGGUGAUAAAAAUUUGAUUUUGUGGAUUUCUUCGUGUCAAAGAAGCGAUUUUUAGGUGGGAGAUCGACGGAGAACAGGGAAGCUGGCGAGCAAGUGGUGGGAGCGGGUAGAUGAGGCUGCCAUGGCCGGGAUGGACUCCGGCGGGGGAGGCGCCAGAGGUGGGGGAUCUUCGUCGGGCUAUCUCCACCACCUCCUUGGGCCGACGCAACCGCUGGCCGCCGCCUCCUCCUCCACCCAACUUCAAGCGCACGAGGAAUCGAAGGCCUCGCCGGAGGAAAGCCCCGGGGCUGACCACGGAGACGGCGAGGGAGAACAACCCUCUUCCUCCGCUGCUGGAUCCGGCGGCCCUGUCCGCCGCCCCCGCGGGCGGCCCCUCGGGUCGAAGAACAAGCCGAAGCCGCCGAUCAUCGUGACGCAGGACAGCCCCAACGCGCUCCACUCGCACGUGCUGGAGGUGGCCGCCGGCUCGGACGUGGUCGAGUGCCUGACCGAGUACGCGCGCCGCCGCGGCCGGGGAGUCUCCGUGCUCAGCGGAAGCGGCGCCGUCGCCAACGUGGCCCUGCGCCAGCCCGGGGGGCCGGGGAGCAUGGUGGCAACCCUUAGAGGGCGGUUCGAGAUCCUGUCGCUCACGGGGACUGUCCUGCCGCCUCCGGCACCGCCGGGCGCCGGCGGCCUCACCGUGUUCCUGUCGGGAGGCCAGGGGCAGGUCAUGGGAGGCAGCGUGGUGGGCCCGCUGAUGGCGGUGGGGACGGUGGUCCUGAUGGCCGCAUCGUUCGCCAAUGCCAUGUACGAACGGCUGCCGUUAGAAACCCAGGAGGAAGCAUCGGCCGUGGAGGAGGUACAGCAACACGGCCCCGGCGGUCUGCAAUCGCCAGGCACCGCUACCGGUGAAGGCGGCCCCGGCGUUCCCUUCUACAAUCUCGGGGGAAGCUACCAGCUUCAGGGACAGGGAGAAGGAUUCGGGACCGGGUGGGGCAGCGGCGGCGGCGGCGUUCGACCACCGUUUUGAAUCGGUCUUUCUUUAGGCACCUGACCUCCACCGUUGCUGACCGAGUCCGGUCCAACACACUCCGGCGUUGGAACGGAGGAGAUUGAGCGCUCUCUAUCUCUCUCUCUCUCUUUGCUUGUUUAAUUUCACAUUGCUCCUUCAUUAAUUUCUUCAUGGAUUGCUUGUUUAAUCAUGCCUUUGCUUUGCAUGCAUUUUAGUGCCCCCCAAAAAACACACAAAAAAGUGUCCCUCUCAUAAGAAAUUUAUCUUGUUCAUAUUUUCUGAAGGACAGUG